GACUCCAUCCGCCAUGUUGGAUGCCGCAGAUUCGCCAUAACCUCGCCGGCUCUUUUCUUAAAAAAAUAAAAAUAAAAAGCGAAGCGUCAGCGGGGCGCCCCGCCUUCUCGGCCGGCACGGGAGGGGGCCCAGAAGAGCCCGAGGCUUUUUUUUUCCUCCGCGGUGGGGGCGUUGCCAUGGAGACGCGGGCGGCAGAAAACACGGCUAUCUUCAUGUGUAAAUAUUGUAAUCUUUUCUCACCAAAUCAGUCAGAGCUUCUCUCACAUGUGUCUGAGAAGCACACGGAAGAAGGGGUGAAUGUGGAUGAGAUCAUCAUUCCCCUUAGGCCUCUGAGUACUCCUGAACCCCCCAACCCAAGCAAAACUGGAGAUGAGUUUUUGGUGAUGAAGAGGAAGAGAGGCAGGCCUAAGGGGUCCACAAAGAAACCCAGCGCUGAAGAGGAGCUCACAGAAAACAUUGCAAGUCCAAGUGAGGACAGUCCGCUGGCUCCAGAGGAAGGGAGCAGCCUGGCCCCAGGCAGAUUGGAGUGUAGCAAGUGCUGCCGGAAGUUCUCCAACACACGCCAGCUGCGGAAGCACAUCUGCAUUAUCGUGCUGAAUUUGGGUGAGGAGGAAGGGGAAGCAGGUAAUGAGUCUGACCUUGAACUGGAAACAAAAUAUAAGGAAGAUGACCGAGAAAAGGCCCCAAAAAAACCCCGGACACAGAAAACAGAGAAAGUCCAGAAGCUCACCUCAGGAAAGGAGGCGGGACAGCUCUCUGGAGUGAAGAAACCCAUCAUAAGUGUGGUUUUAACUGCACAUGAAGCUAUACCAGGUGCUACCAAGAUUGUUCCAGUGGAGGCUGGGCCCCCUGAAACUGGAGCUGCAAAUCCUGAGACCACCGCAGCAGACCUCGUGCCUCGGAGAGGGUACCAGGAAUAUGCCAUUCAGCAGACACCAUAUGAGCAACCGAUGAAGUCAAGCAGGCUAGGUCCAACCCAGCUCAAAAUCUUCACUUGCGAAUACUGCAACAAGGUCUUUAAGUUCAAGCACUCGCUGCAGGCCCACCUGAGGAUACACACCAAUGAGAAGCCAUAUAAGUGCCCCCAGUGCAGCUAUGCAAGUGCCAUCAAAGCCAACCUCAACGUGCACCUGCGCAAGCACACUGGUGAGAAGUUUGCCUGUGACUACUGCUCCUUCACCUGCCUGAGCAAGGGCCACCUCAAGGUGCACAUUGAGCGGGUGCACAAGAAGAUCAAGCAGCACUGCCGCUUCUGCAAGAAGAAGUACUCCGAUGUCAAGAACCUCAUCAAGCACAUCCGAGAGGCACACGAUCUUCAGGACAAGAAGGUCAAGGAGGCCUUGAAUGAGCUCUGCCUGAUGACGCGGGAAGGCAAGCGGCAGCUGCUCUAUGACUGCCACAUCUGCGAGCGCAAGUUCAAGAACGAGCUGGACCGUGACCGCCACAUGUUGGUCCAUGGUGACAAAUGGCCCUUUGCCUGUGAGCUCUGUGGCCAUGGGGCCACCAAGUACCAGGCGCUGGAACUGCACGUCAGGAAGCACCCCUUCGUGUAUGUCUGUGCCAUAUGCCUCAAGAAGUUUGUCAGCUCUAUCAGGCUGCGCUCUCACAUCAAAGAGGUACAUGGGGCUGCCCAGGAGACUUUGGUCUUCACCAGCUCCAUCAACCAGAGCUUCUGCCUCCUGGAACCUGGUGGGGAUAUCCAGCAGGAAGCCUUGGGGGACCAGCUACAGCUGGCGGAAGAGGAGUUUGUAUUCCAGGGGGUGAAUGCCCCCAAGGAGGAGGCCUGUCCUGGGAGUGCCCAGCCUGAGGAUGGACAGAAGGAGCUGGAGGCCUCCGUGGAAAUGCCCACCCUGGCUGCACACCUGGCCACCCCCCAGGCUGAAGGUGCUUCCCUGCCAUCCUGUAAGCUGGAAACCACUGUGGUCUCAUUGGAUCUGCACUCUCGUGUGGUGGUUUCUGAUGACUUUUUGAUGAAAAACAAUACCUCCUCUGCUGAGGCUCACGCUGCUGCUGCUCCUGAGAAAAUCUCAGACACCCAGCAUGGAGGCUCAGUCCAGACUCAGGGUGAAGAAAUCACGCUACUGCUAUCCAAGGCCAAAAGUGCUAGACCAAACCAGGAGACCCAGGGUGCCCAGAGCCCUCCAGGUGAAGGGCAGAAAAUGGCUGCCCUUCCAGCCAGUGAACCUGAUCCUGGCAGAUGUCUCAGGUCAAACCCAGCUGAGGCUUCAGACCUCCUUUCCCUGGUAACCAGUGGUGGGAACUUGGUCAUGUGCCAGCCUGACUCUUGCAAACCUGCCUCUGAGCACCGGCCUGGCAUCACUGCAUUCAUGAAGGUCCUGGACAGUUUACAGAAGAAGCAAAUGAACAUCAGCUUGUGUGAGAGGAUCCGGAAAGUUUAUGGAGACCUGGAGUGUGAAUAUUGUGGCAAACUUUUUUGGUACCAAGUGCAUUUUGACAUGCAUGUCCGCACCCACACCCGGGAACAUCUGUAUUAUUGCUCCCAGUGUCAUUAUUCUUCCAUCACCAAAAACUGCCUUAAACGCCACGUAAUUCAGAAACACAGUAACAUCUUGCUGAAGUGUCCCACUGACGGCUGUGACUACUCGACUCCAGAUAAAUAUAAGCUGCAGGCACAUCUUAAAGUUCACACAGAGCUGGACAAAAGAAGUUACUCUUGCCCUGUGUGUGAAAAGUCUUUUUCAGAGGAUCGAUUGAUAAAGUCACAUAUCAAGACCAAUCAUCCUGAGGUCUCCAUGAGCACCAUCUCCGAGGUUCUCGGGAGGAGGGUUCAGCUGAAAGGGCUGAUUGGAAAGAGAGCCAUGAAGUGCCCCUAUUGUGAUUUCUAUUUCAUGAAGAAUGGUUCAGACCUUCAGCGUCAUAUUUGGGCUCAUGAAGGUGUGAAACCCUUCAAGUGUUCUUUGUGUGAUUAUGCAACUCGUAGCAAGAGUAACCUCAAGGCUCAUAUGAAUCGGCACAGCACUGAGAAAACCCACCUGUGUGACAUGUGUGGCAAGAAAUUCAAAUCCAAAGGGACAUUGAAAAGUCACAAGCUCCUUCACACUGCUGACGGGAAGCAGUUUAAGUGCACAGUGUGUGACUACACAGCGGCCCAGAAGCCACAGCUGCUGCGGCACAUGGAGCAGCAUGUCUCCUUCAAGCCUUUCCGCUGUGCCCAUUGCCAUUAUUCGUGCAACAUAUCCGGCUCUCUGAAGCGGCACUACAACAGGAAGCACCCCAAUGAGGAGUACGCCAGCGUGGGCGCCAGGCAGCUAGCGGCGGAAGCGCUUGCCCAGCAAGGUGGUUUGAAGUGUCCUAUUUGCAACUUUGUAUAUGGCACCAAAUGGGAGUUCAACAGGCACUUGAAGAACAAACAUGGAUUGAAGGUGGUGAAAAUUGAUGGUGACCCCAACUUAGAGACAGCAACAGAAACUCCUGAGGAGCCCUCCACCCAGUACCUCCACAUCACAGAGGCCGAGGAAGAUGUUCAGGGGACACAGGAAGCUGUGGCCGCACUGCAGGAUCUCAGAUACACCUCCGAGAGUGGCGACCGACUUGACCCCACAGCUGUGAACAUCCUGCAGCAGAUCAUCGAGCUGGGCACCGAGACCCACGACGCCACUGCAGUCGCCUCGGUGGUCGCCAUGGCACCCGGGACGGUGACUGUGGUGAAGCAGGUCACUGAUGAGGAGCCCAGCUCCAACCACACGGUCAUGAUCCAGGAGACCCUCCAGCAGGCCUCCGUGGAGCUGGCUGAGCAGCACCACCUGGUGGUGUCCUCUGACGACGUGGAGGGCAUCGAGACAGUGACCGUCUACACGCAGGGUGGAGAGGCCUCGGAGUUCAUCGUCUACGUGCAGGAGGCUGUGCAGCCCGUGGAGGAGCAGCCUGCAGAGCAGCUGGCCCAGGAACUCUAGGGAACAUGCAGCAGUGACAGCCAAGGGUGGGGCAGCUGGGCUCUGUUGGUCACCCAAGUGUGAGACCCUCCAGCUUGCCUGGCCCACAGUAUGGCACUGUCCUCUGCCCUCCUGCCUGGUGGCCCAGAUGGAACCCUCCUCGUCUUACCUUGGGUGGGCAAGGAGUUCGGCAUCACCAGCAAUACAGGACCCCUGUCCCCAGCACAGACACACACACACCCUUACCCUGUAUCGUCUGCUUCUGGAAAGCCUUCAGCGUCAACUUCCCUGCACAUGCCCCACACCGCAUCACCCCUUGCUUCAGGAUUCAAACAGAAACUCCCAACCCCCAUCAACAUCUUCCCUUAAUCACUUCCCCAGCUCCUUGACCCUAUCUAGGUGCCGAAUCUUCAUGUGGGGCCACUGUGCAGUCUGGUGAAAGGGGGACAGUCAUCACAUAGAAAGUUCUGGAAUCACCUCUGGGCAGGUUGGGGCAGGUCGGUGGGAUUGUCCUGGCUCUGUCUACACAGUCCCACCCUCCUCAGGUAUCAAUUGAAGGAACCAUGAUUCAUCCCCAUCACAGGGUCACAUCUUACCAUCUUGGAGUUUUUUUGCUCUUGAGAAAAAUGCACUUUCCCUGUUUGCCUCCCAUUCUAAGGAGGUGAGGGGUGGAAUAAAAGCAUUCUCUGCCUGA